AACAAAUAAUAAUUUCACCAUCUUUUAAAUAUGCUUGAAAAUUUAGUCAAGCAGAGCAAAAAGAAAGAAAUCAUGGAAGACUCAGUCCCUUGCUUCUUCCUUUCCGUUCUCAUCCUCUUCCUUGUUUUUAAAACUUUCCGAUCAAGAAUAUGCUACAGAAACCUCCCUCCUAGUCCACCUGCACUUCCAAUUAUCGGCCACCUUCGCCUCCUAAAACCACGCAUGUACCGCACUCUCCAAAAUCUCGCUAAAGAAUACGGCCCCAUCUUCUCCCUCCGCUUCGGAUGCCGCCUUGUUGUUGUAGUCUCAUCAUCAUCUGCAGUGGAAGAAUGCUUCACCAAGAACGACGUCAUCUUAGCCAACCGCCCAAAAUUUCUAGCAGGCAAGCACAUAGCUUAUAACAACACUACCAUCGCUCAAUCCUCCUACGGCGAUCACUGGCGCAACCUCCGCCGCAUUGUGGCCAUUGAGAUCUUCUCUACUGCUCGCCUAAACAAGUUUCUAAGCAUCCGAAAAGACGAAAUCAAGCGAUUAAUCACAAAGUUAUCACAAAGGUCGCUUCAAGAUUUUGCCAAGGUAGAGUUGAAAUCAUUGUUCAAAGAGCUAACGUUUAACAUAACAGUGAGAAUGAUCGCAGGGAAGAGGUAUUACGGAGAAGAUGUGAGUGACGAGGAAGAGGCGAGACGGUUUAGGGAGUUAAUGGUUGACGUAGUUUCGUAUAUAGGGGCGUCGAAUCCAGGAGAUUUCUUGCCGAUUUUGAAUUGGAUUGAUGGCGGUAGGUUUGAGAAGAAAUUGAAAAGCUUUGGGAAAAGAACUGAUGAAUUUGCACAACGGUUGAUUGAUGAACACAGAAGUAAGAAGAAUAAUUUAGAGAGCAUGAACACCAUGAUUGAUCAUCUUCUUUCUUCGCAAGAAUCAGAACCUGAUUAUCACACUGACGAGACUAUCAAAGGGCUUGUGUUGGGCUUGAUAUUUGCGGGGACCGAUACAUCAGCGGUGACGUUAGAAUGGGCAAUGUCCAAUCUACUCAAUAAUCCACACGUAUUGAAGAAAGCUAGAGAUGAAAUAGAAACUCAAGUUGGCCCACAAUGCUUACUAGAUGAACCUCCUCUCUCCAAACUACCAUACCUCCAAAACAUCUUCCACGAAACCCUCCGAUUAUACCCGGCCACCCCACUCCUUGUCCCUCAUGAAGCAUCUGAUGAUUGCACUAUUGGAGGAUACAAUGUGCCACGUGGCACAAUCGUAUUGGUAAAUGCAUGGGCUUUGCACAGAGAUCCUGCGCUUUGGGAUGAUCCAAUGAGUUUUAAGCCUGAGAGAUUUGAUGACGGAGGAGGGGAGGGCUCCAAGUUUACACCAUUUGGAUUGGGGAGAAGGGCUUGUCCAGGAGCAGGCCUAGCCCAACGUGUUGUGAUUUUGGCUUUGGGAACGUUGAUUCAAUGCUUUGAAUGGAACAGGGUCACCGAUGAGGAAAUUGAUAUGAUGGAAGGCAGAGGUCUCACCAUGCCGAAGCUUGAGCCGCUAGAAGCCAUGUGCAAAGCUCGCCCGAUUGUCAAGAAUAUUCUCUAUUAAUUAGUUUAAUAUUGCUGAAAUAUGAAUGUUUUAUUAUCUUGUUUAAGUAUGUUAAGUGCUUAUUAAUUUGAAUAAUGAAUGUAAUCUUAUAUUAAGAAUAUUACUUUGAAAAA